AUGUCCUGGUUCCAAAAGUCGCUCACCCUCCCCUCGAAAUCCCGGGGCUCCUACCUCAUCACUGACACGAUCCUGAAGGAGCUGCCCGAGAUAAGAGGGUACAAGGUGGGCCUGCUGAACCUGUUCAUCCAGCACACGAGCUGCGCGCUGAGCCUGAACGAGAACUGGGACGAGGAUGUCCGGGAGGACAUGAGCGAUGCGCUGGAUCGCAUCGCGCCCGAGGAUAGGAAGGGCGAGCUGUACAGGCACAGUGCCGAGGGGCUGGAUGAUAUGCCUGCACAUAUCAAGAGCGCGUUGAUUGGGGCGAGUGUCACGAUCCCGAUCAAGGACGGCAAGCUGGCGACUGGGACGUGGCAGGGCAUCUGGUACCUGGAGUUUCGGGCGAGCAAGCAUCAACGUAAGGUGGUGGCUACUAUUCAGGGAGAGAAGAUUUGA